ACUAAUCUAUUCACAAUAACUGAAGAUCUCUGAGGCGCAGAGAAACAACGCCGCAGCCGGAGAGGAGUUUAAACCAAACAGUUAACGUCAGUUCACAGGAAAGUGUCGAAUCUCAUAGUGAAAGUAAAUCAGAGUGAACUCGGACACCGUCUCUGAACACGAAUACAGCUGAGGGAGGAUUUUCAGUGUGGAUGCUGUAAUGUCACAGAUAAAGCCUUGUAAAGUCUGUAACUUCACCCGUCAGAAGUCUUAUGGCGUGGUGGUGGUUUCACUGGACCAGCUCAGAGUCAAAGGUAAUGAAGCAUUGGGUUACAGUGCCAACACGUCAGUGUCCAUCGUACUUGACGAUGAUGGAACCAUUGUGGAAGAUAACGCCUACUUUUUAUGUCUGCCCCCGGACACCAAAUUCAUGUUCUUGCAAGAUAAAGAGAUGUGGAAGCCUGCAAAGCGAUUUGAUGGAGGCACGGCGUGGCUCAGGGAGUCUUUUGACGUCGGCCAAGACGCAGUAGACGGCGUGCGUGGAGGUGUAGAACCCUGGCGGGGUUUAGUUGACCAGCUGAGACAGGACCUGGCCAGCAUCAUUCUCAUGUCCGAGGCAGAUCUACAGAGUCUAGUGGCUGUACCUUGUGCAGACCUGGCCUCAGCGCUUGCCUUCCCAGUGCAGAAAACUCAGGAUUUACAAGACACCUUGCAGAGAGUGCUGGACCGCAGAGAAGAGGAGCGGCAGUCUAAAGAGUUGCUGCAGCUCUAUCUCAAAGUUGUGCAGAAAGAGCGCCAGGAUUCGCAACAAGGUGAAACAGGGCUGGAUGUGGUUGAUGGGACUGAGGUGGACUCAGCUGUAGGGUUUAACGCGAGGACCCUGCUGGUUCUGAAGAGCAAAACAAGUCCUGAAACGAGACUCUCCAAUGAGGAGCUGCAGAUGGUGCUGAAGCAGGGAGUGGAGACUAUGACGGACGAGCUGGGCUGGGACAGAGACAGGACGGCGGUGUUAUUACAGGACUGUGAGAGAGAGCUAAGUAAACGUCUGCAGCAAGUCCAAGCCAUGCAGUCACUCAGAGCUCACACACAGCGCAGCAGUUCCACCUCCACGGCGCAGCCACAUAAAAAGGAGACUGUAGCUAAACGCAGAAAAUAGUCUGAGCUGCGUUUAGACUCACCAGUGAUGCACUCCUGUAUUCAGGGUUAUUGAUUUAAGUCUAGUUCCAAAAAUUUUCUGAUACAAGUCCUGGCUGAUUGGAUGUCAUUUUUGACGAUAUAUGCAUGAAGAAUCCUCUUGUUAUCUGGUGUCAGACAAAUUUCUCGUAUGUGUUUUUUGUAAUUUCUGCUUAUAGUGCUAAGCUGGAUACUUGUUUACCUGCAAAACAAUGACAUGAUAUUAGCACAAACAACUCCCUGCUGGUGUAAAUUCUUCCUUCGAUUUGACGCACUUGGAAAAUACCAUUUAUGACUAAAAUUUAUAACCAAGCAGGAAAUGUUUUAUAUUGCAACUGUGACACAUUUCUUUUUUUUACAUUUUUGCUUUACUGUUAUGUUGACAAUUUUUAUACAAUGAUCCAUAAUAAGAUGCUAGAAGUAGCUAAACAACUGAUGUGAUUUUUUUUUUUUUUAGAAAUUAUUAAAAAAACAAAUUUUAAUGUG